AAAUUUUGCAAGAGCUCGGAGCGACGAAUAAAGACUCGAACAAGCGCAGCACUAGACAUGUGGGGUCAUCUUGCGCUUAGCGCGGCAACCUUCUCAAGAUCUUCCUUUGCGAUGAUCUUUUUUUUGGGGGUUUUGACAACAAAGUGGUCUGGACGCAGCGCUCAUUCUCAGUCGAGUGCACAUGACGCACGGAAAGCGCUGUUACGUGACGACCUUUCAUGCCCUUUUGUGCGCGCAUUUACUCCAGUGCUGGAGCAGGCUUUCCGGCCUCCCAUCUGCGGAGGAGCAAAGAGGAGAGAGUGCGGGUGAGUCAUUCGCACCUGUGGGUGCGUGCAGCGCAAGAAGGAGAGUUGGGGGGGGGGGGGGGGGGG